AGAAUUUAAAAAUCAUCUUUCGCUAAAUGACAACGUUACGCCAAAACCUUGCCUGAGGUCUGGGCAAACAACUAACGCAAACAAAGUGAAACAACGUACGAAAAAAUAAACAAAUAUUAUCGUCGAUUUCGUUUUAUAAUAUAAUUCUCUUUGCACUUGAAAUGAGCUAAAGACUUAAAUUUCGUUUUGCAACAAAUACCUACAGCCUGUUAUUGUUUGUUUUUAAAUUUGUACUGGCGAAAAGGAGAGAAAAGAAAUCGUCAAAGGCAAACCCGAAAUAAACCCAGUUUGAAUUUGGAAAAAUCCAGUUUGACGGCUAUUCGUCUUUACAUACAUAAUUUAUAUAACUACUUACGAACAAAUAUACCAUUGUACAGUAAUUACAACAUGAAAGGACUAACUUGAAAUCCAAAUAAAAUGCGGAAUUACACUGAUUUUAUAGCAAAUGUUAAACCGAAUAUUCAGCGGAUAGUGUGCCAAAUUUGCAACAAAGCAACAACAUAUUUAAAAUUAGCCAAAUUGAAGCAGAGCAGCAGUAAUUUUUUAACAAAUUGUCCUAGUAUCUGUGGCGCAUCAGAGCGUAAAAUCUCAGAAUCUAUAGAUUCUGACAAAUUAAAAAUAUAUACAGCCGCUGUAGCAUUAGCAGAAAUAUCGAAAACUUUUCAAGACCAAACUGAGGAAAAGGGAGGAACAUAAAUGGCUCAACCGCAAUUACUACAAAUCAAAUUGUCGCGUUUCGACGCCCAACCUUGGGGCUUUCGGUUGCAGGGUGGCGUUGACUUUGCCACGCCGCUGGUUGUGCAGAAGGUAAACGGUGGUAGCUUGGCAGAAAAGGCUGGCCUUAUCCCAGGAGAUGCUGUUCUGAAAAUCAAUGAUGUUGAUGUUUUCAAUUUGCGCCACAAAGACGCUCAAGACGUUGUUGUGCGCUCUGGUAACAAUUUCGUUUUGACCAUCCAAAGGGGAGGUUCGACUUGGCGCCCACACAUAACUCCAACCGGCAACGUCCCUCAGCCUCAGCAGAACUCCCCAUAUUUGCAAACAGUGACGAAAACUUCUCUAGCUCACAAACAGCAGGAAUCACAGCACAUUGGCUGUGGUUACAACAACGCUGCCCGUCCGUUCGUCAAUGGCGGCGAUGGCAGCGUCAAGAGUAUUGUCAAUAAACAAUACAACACCCCGGUUGGCAUUUACAGCGAAGAAUCCAUUGCGGAAACUCUUUCAGCUCAAGCUGAGGUCCUGGCAGGCGGUGUCCUUGGUGUCAAUUUCAAGAAAAACGAAAAGGAAUACCAACCAGACAAGUCCGAGGUGUUGAAGUUCCUGCGCGAAGAAGAAACUGGCCAAUCGUCGACUCCAGAGCCGCCAGCUCCAGCAAACUUCUAUUGGACGCAAAGUCACGCCAUUGGCGGCAAUACACCGCUAUCUCACCAACACCAACAGCAACAGCAGCCUCAGGAGAGGCAACCACAGGAAGCAGCGAAAUUGCAAAGAGAAAAUGCAGCGCUUCCAGCCAAACAGCCACAAUCGACCAAAACGGAUCCUGCAGCGGCACCUCCACCGUCUGAAGCAGCCGAUCCACGUGUCAUCAUUAUGCCAGUGUGUCCGGCAUUGCAAGGACCGGAAUAUAAGGCGGAAAUGGAAGCGGCAGCCGCUGCAUUGCAGCGUGAUGACGGCCCGCGUCCAUUGUCCGCCAGCGGUCAUCCGGCGUGCGCAUUGUGUGGCGUUGGCAUUGUUGGUGUAUUCGUACGUAUCAAGGAUAAGAAUUUGCACGUGGAAUGCUUCAAGUGUGCCACUUGUGGGACCUCGUUGAAAAACCAAGGCUACUACAACUAUAACAACAAGCUCUAUUGCGAUAUCCAUGCUAAACUUGCAGCUCUACAAAGCCCACCAGCUGGCACUGAUGGAUAUGUACCCGUACCAAUUAAGCCCAAUACCAAGUUGAGUGCGACCACUAUUUCCUCAGCUUUGAACGCUCAUGGAUUCGCUGACAUCCCUGUGGCCAAUGGCGGAAGCGUUCCACCAACUUCUGCUCCGAAUGCAGACGCCAACGAGUGCAUUGAUGCUGCGAAAGAUGACAUUACCGACUUACCUCUUCCGCCACCGCCGUCACCCACGUUACUGCAACAACUGGCCAUUGAAAGCCAAUUCCGCGGCAGUCCUAAUGACAAUGAUAUCAGCGUACAGCGAGAACUUCAACACAGUAGCACAGGUGGUUCGUCUGUUUCACCGGUAGCCCAUACAACACAAACAGAGAGCUUAGGAGACGGAGCAGUGGAUGAAAAGUCUAGUGGUUACGCUUCUACUUCUCCAAUACAUUCACGUCAAACCUCAUCCUCUUCUACCUCAACCUGUGGCUUCAGCAGAGAUAAACAAGCGGUCCCACUAACGGCAACAAUACCUCCUCCACCACCGCCGUUACCUAUAUCCCUCCCAGCUCAGCUAAACGAACCAUCCGUCUGUCAGCAAAAUGAAAACGAUAUGAACUCACAAAAUCAGUAUGGCAAAGGUGGCGGUGGCAAUGAAGGUAACAGUGGCGCGCCUUGUGCCGGUGGUGUGCUUUCGCCGGCAGGUGGAGUUUACAGCAAAUUUUUGAAAGAGUACUCCAACAAGUUGCUCACACAAAACAAGGACCACAACGCAUAUACAAAUAAGUUAACCGCUGACAUUUCCCAAAACAAAAUCAUCGACACAAACUACAGUCAAAUCGAACCAUCUACACAUACACCAUUAAUCCCUCAAUCACUGUCAGCCCGAAUCUCAAGUCCGACUACUGGCGACAAGACAAAAACAAUAAGUCCACAACCCACAGUUGUUGCCGCUUUAUCAGCGACACUAGCUAACCAAUUGAAUCUUAACUCAUGCCAGCAGGUUUCAAACUCCGAGGUGUCUCUGAAUCCUUCGGCUCCUCCAGCACUAUCAUCAUCUUCAAUCAGCACGCAAGAAACAACCGCUAUUAGUGAAACAAUCAGCAGCAAAAGUACGAGUGAUAAUCGGUUCGAAAGUGAACCGUUUGUAGAAGCUGUUGAAGGUAUACGCGGUACGGACGAAGGGGUCACUUCAGCAAUGUCAGUGACAAACGAUCAGCCUUUUGGUGAAUACGUAACCUUAACAGGUAGUGUCAUCCGCAGCGUUGUGCCGCCUGGUAAGGGAGCAAACAUCAACUAUAAGGUAAAUCAAGGCUAUGCUAGGCCUUUUGGAGCAGCUUCUGGUCCUCCAGCCGCGGCACCUAAGUCGCCGGUGGCCUAUCCGCCUCAGAGGCCAGCUGUCAAUGCAUACGCCACAUUGCCCCGCUCUAAUAUCGGACAACAAGAUCAAGAUGCCAGCUUGCAACCGCAAUAUGCGGAGGAGUGUAGUACUUCGGCGCCAGUCGGAUCUGAGUACUUUGAGGAGGACCACGAACUGGCCGAAACGAACCGCCAAAACAGAAAUAACUUCUCUUGGCCGCCUCCAAGGGAAGAUAGCCCCAUUGUACCGACAGCGGCACCACUCUAUAUCCCUCCACCUGAAACACAACAUGUGGUAGCAAAACCAUUGAACACCCAGCUUCGAACGGAGGAGGAAUUGACCAGUGUACAAAGUGCAUCAGGUAAUAAUGGAAGGCAGGAAAUUAUAACUUCGUAUCUGCAGCCUAACCGGCAGAGUAAGUCUGCACCACAGUUGACAAUUGGCUUACAACCGCCGGAAAUUGAGUCGAGCUCGGAAAGUUUCACUUCAACUUCAACAACAACUACGACCACUUCAGAAGAAUAUCAACGGAUGUAUGCGGCACAGGUGCAAGCUUAUCAAAUGCAACAAGCAUAUGAGCAACAAUCCGGCUCAGAGUUUGACUACCAUGUGGAUAUGGAAGUAGCUACUAUGCAACAAAAUUUGCAAGAUUCGUCUUGUAUUAGCUCAUCUGAGUAUAUAUCUGGGCGUCGUAGUGCUCAGGAAUGUGUAGAGUCUUUAGUUGCUCCAUUGAAUACAAACAAACUCAUCGAUAUGGUAAGAGAAGUAACACCGAGCCCGGUUCCCCCAUCCAGUGGCCAGGGUCCUAGACAUGUUGUGUUUGCAGAUGAACAAGAGACUAAAGAAAUUGCAUUGGAUAGAGCCGAAAAUGAUUACCAAUCUGCAAUUUUAGAUGAUAUCAACACACCCACUUGCAAUGAACUCUUGAUAUCUGGGUCUCUAGAAAACAAUAUAUCAGAAGCGAAAAAUUCGCAAAAUAAUUGCACAGAGUGUGAAGCAAUCAGAGAGGAUACUGAUACUUUUGUCAAAUACGUUGCCAGUGAAAUAAAUGAGAGUCAACGGCUAUUUCAGCCAACUCCGGAAAUAAAAAUAGAAAUACCUCCAGUUCGGCAGAUACCACCAACAAAAAUACCAAAUCCUGUGCCAAAAGAGUGGAUCAACCCAAUGGUAAGGGUCUUGACCACAGCUCCAGAUAUACCUUUUCAUUUAGUAGAGUGUCCAUGCCCAAAACCUUGUAACAGUGAGUCCUUCGAAGCUGUGGAGCAAGAUACAGUAAGGGAAGAACCCGUAAAGCCACAAAAAGCGCAAAAUGUCGAAUGUGUAGAAGAAAUUGCUCCCAUUGAAGAACCUCUACUUAAAGGGUCUCGCCUUGCGAACGCUAUGACAACUGCACCCGAGUGGGAGUUGCGUUUUGAGCCACCUCCUUCAGAAAUGAUUCCUUUGCCCGAGGAAACUGAACCCUAUAUGCCUCCCCCCAUAGAUAUGAAACCAUAUCUGCGUGAAGACUAUCGGCCCAAAUCACCAUUCUUAAGUGCCCUUACCACAGCCCCCGAACGUCCGUUUGAAGGUCAUUUUGAAAGAGAUGUUCCUAUACAUUUGCUGGAUCUUCCCACGCCAAAGGAACACCUGACUUUGUCAGAUGCUUUGCGUACCGCUUCUGAACGAGCAUACACACCACUUAAUGCAGAAAAUGCGACACAUUUAUUUGAGGAGCAAGAGAUAGCUAAAGAGAAAAAGAAACGCGAAUUUCAAGUUCUUGAUAGGGAGGAAGAACUAGGGAUUACUCCACUUGGCAGUGAGUCCAUUCAAUAUUAUACAACGGAAAAGCGUAGUAGUUCGCAGCAACGAAAGUCGUCCGCGUUUGCGGCAAUGCAAGCAUUCCAACCAACCCAAGAGCCAUUAUCAUCCAAUACUCCACGCCAGUCCAUUACGUCCUACUCCAAAGAAGAAUUCGAUCCCGACUACGAAAGGUAUUAUAAAGCGAAAGAACGCAAUAAAAAGCGUAUUGAUUAUUAUCACAAAAAAGAGGAAGAACUACAACAACAAGUUGAAACAAUUAGAAAUCAAGAAGCUUCUGAGACUAACACAUGUCAGAUAUCCUCAUUAAAUUCCUGUACCAAACAAAGUUCUUCCUCUGAAUCCUCUUCCGCAGUCCAAGCAAUGUCAAACACCAAUUCUACCAGCACAUACGCCACCAAUUUAACUCAAGCUUCAGGGCCAUCGUACCAAAGUAAUGCUCGAUCCAUCAUCUCAGACACAAAAAUUGAUUUGCAUGAAGUGAUUGAAGAAACCACUGAAGAGCUUGAACAUUCUGAAGUGCUAUUUCCACCACCAUCACCGCUAAGCCACCUCCAUGGUAAACCCGCUUCAUCCGGAUUACACAAAGCUGAUACAAUACCAAAAUAUCAACGCAAUUGGACAACAUUACCAACACAAAGCCCUGUCCGUACUCCAGAACCACAAGAGCUUCGUGAAAAUAUACCACUUGCUUUUGUAGAUGCUCCCGUGGUUAGCACAGCAAGUAACCCAGUGCACAAACCAGUAGCUCAAAUUAGUACAACAACAGCGGUAUCUCGCCAGUACUAUCAGCAAAAAGAUAAGAGUGCGUAUGAGAGCCGUGGUUCGAUCACAAGUACAUCGAGUACAGCUGCAUCGACGCUGCAACAGCAGUCGAAAGUGCCUACUCAAACGAACAAACCCGUUGUGCCCAUAAUAAUUGAGGAAAGAGUUGCUCCACAAGUAACAAUGGCUUUUCAGUCCUUAGACGAACACUUACAAACAGAUGAAUCACAAACUCCAAGUCGCCCUUAUACGCCAUCAACGAAUACUAAACCAGUCCCAGUAAUUCCUUUUUAUCAAACGCCGGAAGCACUCUGCUUUGACGAGUGUCCAGCAUCUCAUGCUCGUACCUAUAAUCGACGCUCGGCUUCACCAUUCCCGGAUCGUGCACGAUCUCCCGCUCCGGGCCCACCACCAAAUCCAUUAGCUGCUAUCCGCUCAAACCAACCAAAACCUAAAGAUAAUGACUUGUCUUCCUUGUCUCCGCGUGUACUUCAAGCCGGAUCAAUUACUACGGGACAAAGUUAUUUAGGAGCUCAGCAACAGCAACAGCAACAGCAACUACAAGUGUUAUCACACCACGAGCAGGCGAGCAAUAUUGGAAGUCAAAGCUAUACAGAAGAACCUGAAAGAUUUGAAGAACGUGUCAUUGGUGAUUACACAGUGCAACGUAGAGAAAAGGCCGCCCACAAAGCCGACCAAAAGCUAUCGAGUUCCGAAAGUCAAACGAAAAUGCAGAUUGGAGAUACUCAGAUUGAGAGAAGACGCAGAGUAACAGAAGAAUAUGAGCAUACUCAAAGCGCCCGCACGGUGGAAAUUUCAACUGGUUCAAAAACUACUAAAAUUGCAUCAACUAAUUCAGAAAGCGACCGUCGUCAGUCGUAUGGCAAAACAGGAUAUGUCGCUAAUCAAGCUCGUCGCUUAUCCGGCUUGGAGCAAGAAAUUACCAAUUUGACUAGUCAAUCUCAAGCCAUUAGCGCACGUGCAGCCACCCUAACAGAGACAUCAUUUCCCCAAAUAAAAUCGCCUGAGCCUUCAUCGAAAUUUCCAACUAAACCGUUGCUACCUUCUCACGAUGAACCUCAGCGUCCAAGCUAUUUAUUUUCUGCGACCCCUUAUAACAAAAUGGUUGGGCCGCCACCAGGAUUCAAUGAGCAGGAAAGACGGCAACAACAACAACAACAACAACAGCAACAGCAAUUAUCGGCUACCAAGCAAGUGUCGACUGCAUGUGGAUCAUCUGUGGUUUCGCAACAACAGAAAUCAUUAAGCACAUAUUCAAGCAGCAACUUCACAACCUCCACAAGCAAAACAUCAUCAUUGUCAUCGCAAGCUAAUGCCGCUCACGUUGGCAGUCUAACAAAAGCUUAUAUUACUAAUAACAAUACAGCUGGAGCGGCAAGUGAGACGACCACCGGCGUCAGCGCCAUUUGCCCUGUAACUGGCACUUUUUGUCGUCCGGGUCACACUUGCUGCAAACAGCAACAGUUGCAAGGGCAGUCAAAUGCGACUGUCGUAGCUAAUUUAAAAGAGAAUAAUAACUUAACGUAUCGCGCGAACGCUUUCACAGGUGUAACGGAUGCAAAGACUAAUGCACAAGCUACAAUUAUCGCUACCGCUACUGCUACUGCUACCAAUGCCGCUUCUGCGGUCAAAGCUACUGACAUAACGACAACGCAAGCACCGCAAGCACCGCCCGCUGCUGCAGCUGCGCCUACAUCAUUUCCGCCACCCAAUACCGUUGACGAUAUCAAGUCUAACCCUGAUCUCGGUGGUUCCGCAGGUGUUGGCGGCAAGGGAGCAUUUGGCGCCACCUCAGCUCCGAAGCGUGGACGUGGAAUCUUUAACAAGGCAGUCGCACCCGGUGUUCGCGUACCUUUGUGCAGCAGCUGCAACAUCCAAAUCAGGGGACCUUUCAUUACCGCACUGGGACGUAUAUGGUGUCCAGAGCAUUUCAUUUGCGUAAACGCCAACUGUCGUCGUCCAUUACAGGAUAUCGGUUUUGUGGAGGAGAAGGGUGAUCUGUAUUGCGAGUACUGUUUUGAGAAAUACUUAGCUCCCUCAUGUAGCAAGUGUGGAGGCAAGAUAAAGGGUGACUGUUUGAACGCCAUUGGAAAGCAAUUCCAUCCGGAAUGCUUCACUUGCGGCCAUUGUGGCAAGCUCUUUGGCAACACUCCUUUCUUCCUGGAGGACGGUAAUGCAUACUGUGAAGCCGAUUGGAAUGAGCUUUUCACAACCAAAUGCUUCGCUUGCGGAUUCCCGGUUGAAGCUGGUGACAGAUGGGUCGAAGCUCUGAAUCACAAUUAUCACAGUCAAUGCUUCAAUUGCACCUACUGCAAGCAGAAUUUGGAAGGACAGAGUUUUUACAAUAAAGGUGGACGCCCUUUCUGUAAGAACCAUGCGCGUUAAAGCAGAAUAGUGAUUGCUUGUACAUCAGGGAUAAUGGAUAUUUCAAUAUCAUAAUAUCUACAUACAUAUAUACUCGUAUAAAAAAUAAAUAGUUUAACAUAAAUAACCAUUGAAACAUUGUACUUAUAAAUUAUUUUAAAUACCAUAAAUAAAAGCUGACACCCUCGAAACAAACCGAAAAUAUCGAAAUUUCGUGCCAUCUCCUUCCCAGGUACAUUGUAACAAAGUCUUGUCCCAGCUUCCAUAUUAUUUAAGAAAAGUUUAACAUUUUUGAAAUUUUUUUUUUUGAAACUCAUCAAACAACACAAUUAAAUGUCAAUGUUUAAUCAUAAGUAAUAAAUUUAUUUAUGGGAUGAAGGAGAAGCGCACAAAAAAUAAAUUGCUCAUACCAUGUUUUAUAUACAUAUACACUCGUAUGUACUCGUACGUUCAAACAUCAAACACUUAUUUUAAACCAAUCUUCAAAUGAUGUAACUUUUAGCCUAAACGCCUAGACACCUCGAGAAUCAUUAUUAAUUGUAUUGUAUUAUGAAGUGAAUAUCUGAAAUUGUAAACCCUUCUAUCUGAUUGUAAUUUAAUUUAUACAGAUACACCUAUUGUACAUAUUUUAUUUUCAUGUGUUUUUUGAAGAAGGCUUAGAAAGAUUUUAAGUCAUCAGUAUAAGCAAAAUUGUGUUUGCAAUCAAUUAUCUUAAGCUGCUGAACGAAUAAACCGAAAGUCUUCCGAA